GCCGCCUCCUUCCCGGCUGGUCCGCCAUCUUGUUGUUGAUUUGAACGGGUUCAGAGCGGGUGAGAGGAGCCGGGACACGGGAGGAGACCAUUGCGGGUGACCGCCCCCCUAUCCCAGCUGGGAGCAGCGCCUGGGGAGGCGGUGAGAGGAGGAGAAGCCGGCGAGGGCGAGCUGGGAGCGGCCAUUACUGAAUAGUGUUUUCUAUGGGAAAAUUAGAAUUGGCUAAGAAAGCUCAUAUCUGUGCUUUGUCCUGAAUACUGCAGAGGUUCAUUCAUAUUCUGUCAGGAUCCCUUGAGUGAGUCAAGACAAGAGUGUGAAGGUCCUGCAACCCACAACCUUUUGUUCUUCAGUGCUGCUGCCAGGCCCCGUGCCCCUCUCCAUGCCCCCGCCAAGCGUCGGGCAUCCAACGCAAUGUGUGUUUGUCAAACCAUGGAAGUGGGGCAGUGCGUUAAGAGCGCAGUAUGCGACAGGGGCCGAGGGGUUCUCCUGGAACCGUUCAUUCAUCAGGUGGGAGGGCACAGCAGCAUGAUGCGUUACGAUGACCAUACUGUGUGCAAACCACUUAUAGCCAGGGAACAGCGCUUCUACGAAUCUCUUCCACCUGAGAUGAAAGAAUUUACCCCCGAGUACAAAGGUGUGGUGUCUGUCUGCUUUGAAGGUGACAGUGAUGGUUACAUUAACCUUGUGGCAUACCCUUUUGUGGAGAGUGAGUCCAUGGAUCAAGAAGAAACCCCUGAAAGGGACCACUCAAGGCGCAAGCACUCCCGCCGUGGACUCCAUCGCACGAAUAGCAAUGCUGCAAGCACUGAACAUAAGGAUGAUUGGUCACUAUUAACUGGGGAGAACUCUGAAAGUGCCCAGGAGAUGAAGAGCCCAAAACUGGAGUUAGUGAUGCACUCAGAAGUUCCCUUUCAAAUGCUGGAUGGCAACAGUGAGAUGAGCUCCGAAAGAAUUAGUUACAACCCUUGGAGCCUCCGCUGCCACAAGCAGCAACUGAACCGCAUGCGUUCUGAAUCCAAAGAGAGGAAACUGUAUAAGUUUCUUCUCUUAGAAAAUGUGGUACACCAUUUCAAGUUCCCAUGUGUGCUGGACCUUAAGAUGGGCACAAGACAGCAUGGGGAUGAUGCUUCUGAAGAGAAAGCAGCGCGGCAAAUGAAGAAGUGUGAGCAAAGUACAUCAGCCACGCUUGGUGUGAGGGUGUGUGGCAUGCAGGUUUUCCAGAUGGACACAGGGCAUUAUCUGUGUUUGAACAAGUACUAUGGGCGUGGACUGAGUGCAGAGGGUUUCAGACAGGCGCUCUAUCAGUACCUUCACAACGGUGUCAAUUUGCGUAGGGACCUGUUUGAACCCAUCCUGAGCAAGCUGAAACGCCUUACGUCUGUGCUGGAGAUCCAGGCUUCUUAUCGCUUCUACUCAAGUUCCCUUCUGAUUAUAUAUGAUGGCAGGGACCACCCAAGGUCAACUGACUCCAUGGUUCAGGAACCAGUACCAAAAGUGGAUGUGCGUAUGAUAGAUUUUGCCCAUAGCACCUACAAAGGCUUUCGUGAUGAUCUCACAGUGCAUGAUGGACCAGACAAAGGGUAUGUUUUGGGCCUGCGUAGUCUCAUUAGCAUCCUGGAGCUCAUUCGAGAUGAGAACCAAUAAUGUCUACAAAGGACCACUUGUCCAUGAGGCCUCUAUGCUCGUCCACGGUUCCUGCUCCUUGCACUCCUGUACCUUUUUUAAUGGUGAUUUUCAAGAUGAUGUAAGGGCUUGGAGAGGUAAUUCAUGCGCACAAUGACAAGAGUGCCACAGUGGAUGUACAUUAACUGUUUGCACUUUUCAUUUUCAUAGUAAACCAAAUUAAGUUUUCCUAUUUAAUCUCCA